GUUGAUUAAUGAGAGUUUUGAAAAAAUGUUAAAAAAAGAAAAUAAAAUUUGCAAUAAAAUUGACGAAAUAGCUAAUAAAUUUAAAUUUAUUUCUUCAAACGAAAAUUUUGAUGAAUCAUUUGGAAAAAUGUUUGAGAACAUGUGUAAUACAAUGGUUCAUUUGGCAGAUAUUAAAACUAUCAAGAUUGCGAGAUUUGAAGAAAGAUUGUUGCCUGAUUUGAUGCAAAGUGAAACGAUUUGUAAAAAAACACGUGACGAUGCUAAAACUUUAAUUGCUUUAAGAGACUUUGAAUUAAACAAAAGAAGUCAGAUUAAUUUCAAUAAAAAAUCAAAGAAAAAUAUUUUGACUGAAAACGAAGCAAUGCUAUCAAAUAUUCAAGUAUCCAAAGUGUUGAAGGAAAUUUUAUCAAUAUCUGAAAAAUUUGAAGUCCAAAAAUUUGAUGAUUUCAAACAAUUUUUUUUAAACUUUAUCUUAAUUGAAAUGAAAUAUUUUGCAUCGGGAAUAGAAAUCUUAACAUCUGCAUUUGUGGAUAUUUCAAACAUUGAUGAACGUUCUGAGCAAUUCAUUUUUGAAAUGAAAGGCUUUAACAAGCUAUUUAAAAAACACGUCGAACAAGAUUCUUUGCAUCGCUUUAAAACUCCUUUUAUGCGAGCUCUAUCCCGUUUCUCGCAUUCAUCGUCUAAUAUUGAUAUGAUAGGAAAAGAUGAAAAUAAACAUAAGAAAAUAAAUGCUUCAAAGAGCCUAAUGUCUCUGAAUAAUUUAGAGUCAAAAAAUGCUAAUAGUCGGAAACAUUUUACACCUGAUUUGUCUACAGUGGAAAAAGCAAGCACCACAGAUGAUACUGACAUUGACGAUUCUAGCGAUAUGGAACCAACUGAUACCGAAAAUGUUAAAAAUAUUCCACAAAACUAAUUUUGUUUGAAAUUUUUUCGUGCGAUGAAAAAAAUGAGUUCAUAUAUCUAUGGAAACUAGGCCCAAUUGAUCA